UAUACUGUGGCAUAGUGUAGCAGGGCUGUGAAACUCUAUGAAAACCUAGGACAAAGUUGCAGAAUGCUACUAUAGAGGACGCUAGUUUCGCCGGGUGCAGCUGCAGCUUAGACUCGCCAACUUUCCCACAUAAAAAUUGGCUAAUUUGUGAGAAAUACGAAAAGUGUCUUCUAAAUAUUCAUAUUCAUAACCUAUACUUAUAAGAAAGCGCGAACCUCUACGCUAUCUUUUGUAACAUUAUGGUCUUAGUUGCCACCCGCGAACUCACGGGGCAGCCACGCACGUUUAAAGUAUCGUUGGCAGCAUUCCGGGUUUUAGUUCCUAUAAGAAAGUGUUUCAGUAGAGUGCGCAUUCACAGUUGUUUCCACCACGUUAUGUGGGAGUAAUAGAUAUACCCAGGAUAUACCAGUGCCCUGGUGUAAGAGCUGUGUAAGAGUCGGUCUUGUGUUCCGGAAAGAGGCUUGUUUGCGUGCCAUUACGUGUAUUCGUUUUAUUUUAUAUUAUAAACUUAUUUCUUGUACUUAUAUUGUUGUCACCAUUUAACGAAGUGCUCCAAAACAUGGGUCGAAAAAUUCAAGGAAAAAAGCAUAGAGGAAUCAAAGAUCCUCGUCAACAGGCUCUUGCAAGAUUUGAGAGCAUUGUUAAUAAAAUUGAUAAUCCACCAUCAUGCAUUGAUGAUCAGGAAAUACCAAAGAGAGUGUUGGAAAUAAUGCAAUAUAAAAACAAACCAAAACAAGCGAAGCAGAAGAUAAGAAAGAAGAAAAGUAAAGGACAAUCGCUUUGUAUUUUGAAUUUUAUCCCAAAAGAUGUUAUGGGAACUGAAAUGGCUACACUAAUAACCCCUACUGGAGAAUGUGAUACUGAAUUGUUCUUCAGACUCAAUAAUUCAUGCCAGGAAACAAUUAAUGAAGCUCAUUUAGCAGCUAAAUUCAAUGUGCAACUGCAGAGAGAUCCAAAAACAGGGGCUGUUAAGAAUGUGCAACCUGUAAAGAAAACAGAGACAGAUGCUAUAAUUAAGGAAGCAAAAGGCAAAAACAAGAAAAAGCUUUCAAAACCAGAAAAGAGGCGGCUGAAAUUAAUCGCCAAAGCACAAUUGAAAAAAGAAAGUGAAACUUGCAGAGACUUCUCAGAUAUUAAGGAUAAAGUGAAAUUUGGAGAAGUUGUUCAUCGACCUCCAGAAUUAACAGUUUUACCCAAGAGAAAAGUAAAAACUAGCUCUUCAGUAGAUAGCCCUGGUCAAAGAGACUUGCUUUUAAAGGCAAUGUUGGACGAAAAGAAGAAGCCAAUAGCAGACAUUAAAAAAACUAAGAGAGCAACAGAAGACUCUGAAGGUAGAAAACAAAUGCUAGAAGAAGAGCGACUUAGGGUAGUGGAAUUGUAUCGUAGUUUGAAACACCGAAAAGCAAUACCAUUGUAAUAUUGAUAUUUGUGAUAAUACACGUUAUGUUUUUACA